AUGGACGCACGCUUCCGUCGAGCUACCAAGGAAAUCAGGGCCUGCAACGAGGAUGUACACUCCGGUAUCAAAGUCGAGCCGUUUGAUUCAUCUCCCUUCCAUCUGAAAGGAUCAUUCCCUGGUCCUAGGGGCACGCCGUACGAGGGUGGCGUUUUCGAAGUUGAUAUAGUCUUCUCGGAAUCGUACCCCUUCCAACCCCCGCAAAUAGAGUUCAUCACCAAGGUGUACCAUCCGAACAUAUCACCCGAGUCUGGUGCUAUCUGCCUUGACAUUCUACAAGAUCAUUGGUCUCCUACCCUAACUAUCAGGACUGCCUUGAUAUCAGUGCAGUCACUUCUAUCUUCUCCGGAGUCAAGUGACUCCCUGGACACUGCAGCUUCGCAGCACUAUGUGAGAAACAAGGACAGCUUUGACAAGACGGCACGGGAUUGGACACUGACUUAUGCAACUGGUCAGCAGACCUCGUGA